AUUAUCGAACCUUGCGGAUCAGUUCAGUGCAAGAGUGAAACCCGCCCUAGACAGUGAUCGUACUCGAAACACCAGUUGAUUAUAUUCGCGCAGUGGGAAUCUUCCAGAGCCAGGAACAGAGGAUCAACAACCUGUGUUAUAAAAUGAACAAGUUUAUGUUUUUCGCGGUCUUUGCUGUUGUAGCAGUCUCCAUGGCACACGCAGGAGGAGGAUAUGGUAGCAGUUCCGGAGGUAGUCAGGGUCAGGGUGGUUUUGAUAAAAACAGUUUCAAACAUAAAGAAGGUGGAGGAGCGGGUCAUGGAGGACAAGGCCAGCAAGGAUUUGGAGGAGGUCAUGGCCAGCAAGGAUUAGGAGGAGGCCAGCAAGGCUUUGGAGGAGGCCAGCAAGGAUUUGGAGGAGGUCAUGGUCAGCAAGGAUUAGGAGGAGGCCAUGGUCAGCAAGGCCAAGGAUUUGGUCAAGGAGGACACGGUCAACAGGGAUUCGGAGGAGGACAUGGAGGAGGUCGUGAUCAAGGAUUCGGAGGUUCCGGUGGUAAGCAAGGGUUCGGUUCACACGGAGCUGGAUCGGGAACUCUUGGGUUUGCCCAAGGACAGCAAGGUUUGGGUGGAGGACAUGGUUCUGGUGGACACGGACAUGAACACCAACACGGAUACAAGAAGCAUGGAUACUAAAUAUUAAACUUUCUU